AUGCAGGCAAGCGUAGUGAUCCGGGGGCUAAGUGCCGUUUCUGUGUGUGUCGCGAGCGACAUUGUGGAGAAGCAGGGACGAGGGGUAAUUCUAGUGUCGUUGCAGACGCCGGAGCAGGCUGCCAGCGGCGAGCAGCUGGCCCAUGUGGUGGACCAGGCCCGGGCGGACGAGCUGGUGGUAGAGUGUUUGCGCGGCCAGCAUACUGCCAGACGCAUCACGGCGGUGGAGCUGGGGGAGGGCUCCUCGGCCAUUCGUCACUCGGUGCUCGUUAAUCCGCGCCAGUUGUUGCUCGAUACAUACCACCGGCUGACAAACUAUACGCACUUGUUUGCCCACCACAUCUUACCCCCACAAGUUUACUCCCUGGACCAUUGCUGCAACAUGUUCCCCACCGUCCACACAAUUAUAAACUGUCACUUGGAAUCCACAGCAGACGUCAUCAGACUACAAUCUGUGCUACUGUACUGUCCCCAAGAGCUCGACACAGCAUAUACACAUAAGUCUGCGCAAAAUCAGUACACGCGGCUGACUCCGCUAGUCCAAGAUCCACGAGUCGUGGUACUAACGGGGCCCCACCAGCACAACGAUGCCUAUCCCCUUCCGCGCGACUCCGACGAACAGACCUUACUGGGGAGGUGCAGACAACUUUACCCCCACGUAAUGGCGCAGGCCCAAAUUCUUGAUUCCGAGGUAAUUUUCAAACCUGGGUUCGAUAAUCAACACGGGAAAAUAUACGCAACCACCACCGUUGACGGCCGCACUAUCGUCCACACAGUCGGGUUUGGCUUCCACGAUAUCGAUGCCCUCAGCACCAUCGUUCAUGCAGUGCGCGUGCUGGCGGCUGGCAGACUAGACGCACGCCUUUAA